UCUCUCGCUCACCCUCGAGGAGAUUGGACGUGACGCUCUCCCUCAGAAAACAACCCAUUGACCUUACAAACUAGCUUAAACACACAUAAAUAUAGCCCCAAACGUCUUCCAGCUUAAAAAAAAGGGAGAAAAUACGCGGAAGUCAAUGAACUGUUUGUGAGAGAGAAAAAAAAAACGUUAUUGUUCGCAAAAAAAGUUACUGCAAAAAGAAAAAAAUAAAUCGAAGAACAACAACAACAACAACAACAACAACAACAACAACAACACCUAGAGGUAAUUAGUCUACAGGACGCGUAGAAGAGAAACACGAGAGGAAGAGAAAUGAAGAGGAGAGAGAGAGGAGACAUUAGUAGUAGUAGUAGUAAUAGUAGUAGUAGUAGUAGUAGUAGUAGUAGUAGUAGUAGUAGUAGUAGUAGUAGUAGUAUUUUUCUCCUCACUACUCUCUCCUCUACCUGUCUCUCUCUCUUCUACCUGCUGUUAAUGAGUCUCCUGCUUACACCUGCUAAUUGCGACGACGAAUGGAAGACCUUUACCAUCGACGAUAUUAUGCCGGAGGUCAGGAGCGAGUACGAUAAAAUGCGGCCCCCGAAGAAGGCAGGGAAGGCAACGCAAGUGUAUUUCCACGUUACCGUCAUGGGCAUAGACUCCAUUAACGAGAACUCCAUGACCUACGCGGCCGACAUCUUCUUCGCCCAGACUUGGAAGGACCAUCGACUUCGUUUACCUGAGAACAUGACAUCAGAGUACAGACUGCUGGAUCUGGACUGGCUGAAGCAUUUGUGGCGUCCAGACAGCUUUUUCAAGAACGCCAAGCAGGUCACCUUCCAGACCAUGACCAUCCCGAACCACUACGUCUGGCUCUUCCAGGACUCCAAGAUACAGUACAUGGUCAAGCUGACGCUGAAAUUGUCCUGCGCCAUGAACUUCGCUAUCUACCCGCACGAUACCCAGGAGUGCAAACUUCAAAUGGAGAGCCUCUCCCAUACUACCGAGGAGCUUGUGUUCGAGUGGGAUCCAGACGUGCCUUUAGCCGUGGACGAGAGCAUCGAACUCCCUCAACAGGACAUCUUAAGGAAUUACACCUCUGAUUGCACGCAGGUGUACUCUACAGGUAACUUCACGUGUCUGGAGGUCGUGUUUACGUUGAAGAGACGUCUCGGAUACUACGUCUUCCACACCUACAUCCCUACCUGUCUCAUCGUCAUCAUGUCGUGGGUGUCAUUCUGGAUCAAGCCUGAGAUCGCUCCAGCGCGCGUCACCCUCGGAGUCACCUCGCUGCUCACACUCUUUACACAACAAGCGAAGUCUCAAGCCUCGCUACCGCCCGUCUCGUAUAUCAAGACCAUCGAUAUCUUCAUGUCCUCGUGUACCGUGUUCGUGUUCAUGGUCCUUAUCGAGUACGCCGUUGUGAACAUAAUUCUCGGAGACGGUUCAGGGGACGCAGCGAAAGGCCCCGCCAAGGCCGAACCGAAGCCCAGCAAAGCAACGGACCUGGCCAUCAAGGAGUCCCGUCGGUUCCUGCUGGGUGAGCCUCCUAAGCCGCCCGGCCCCACCCCUGCCCAGGUGCGGCGGAAUAGGGCCCUCAUGGUAGACCGCGUGUCCCGCUACGUGUUCCCCACCUCCUUCGCGCUCCUCAACGCCAUCUACUGGUUCAGCUUCAGGAAGUAUCUGUGAGGAAGGACAAGGUCGAUUGGGUCAUUUUGCUCCUUUGUUUAGCUGCGUUUAUGUUUGUUUGUGUGUCCGUCAACUUGUUUUUUAAUCUUUUACGCCCUUUUUACUUUUUAUUGGGAGUAUUUAUAAAUAACGUUUUUUUUCUUUGUUUUAUGUAAUUAUGUUAUUUUUAAUUGUUCUGCUUUCUGAUAUUUUUUCCGGAUUUCCGUUUAUUUUAUCAUUUUUUGCUUUUUACCUGUACGUUAAUUAUGACACCUGUCGUAGAAUUUGAAGUAAGUAUAUUUAUUUAUUUAUUAAUUAAUUAAUUAGCGAUACAAUUUUAUUAUAUUUUUUAGUACUUUUCCUAAAACAAAACAUAUGUAGAAUCACAAAAAAAACCUAACUAAAAAGAAAUUAUGAAAACAUUGAAAAAAAUAUAGUUUUACUAGAAUUAAUGACGCUAACGUCUGUAUUACAAGCCCUGCAGGAUUGAGAGAUGCCAGUCAUUGCUAUUCCCAUAAAAAAAGGAAAAGAAAAGAAAAAAACAACAACUGCUGGACGUAAUUAUUAACCCGUAAAAGUUCAUGAAAAG